UUUUCACACCACAAAACUAGCGAAUUCUUCCUUAUACUCAAAGUAAUUAAGCUAGUUUUCAUUUCGCAUCCCAAUAUCUUUCAUCAAAAUGGCUUCAAGUGCUUUGAGAACAACUGCCUUUCUUGUAACUCUCAACCUUAUCUUCUUCACUUUGGUAAGUUCAGAGCCAUUACCAGAAGCCAGUUGUGCUAUAAAUGGCCUCAAGUUGGGUGUGUGUGCCAAUGUCCUCAACGACUUGGUGCAUGGCAUCAUUGCAGGAACCCCAUCACCCUCCCCUUGCUGUGACCUCUUAUUCGGCCUUGUUGAACUUGAGGCAGCAGCAUGCAUUUGCAAGGCCAUUAAAGCUAAUGUAUUGGGUGUUAACCUCAAUGCAUCAGCCUCCAUGAGCUUGUUGCUUAACCAUUGUGGAAAGGAGGUCCCUUCUGGUUUCGAAUGUGCAUAGAAAUCAAUGAAGAAGAAAUUCAUGUGUGUUUCCAAUUUUUCAUUGACAUCCUUUCUCUUUUAUUUUUGGUGUUAUUUUGGAGUGUUAUGUUUUGUUAUCAUGUUUCUUUAAAUUUUAAAGGCUCGCCACCUUUGGGCGUAGCAUUGUACUUUUAGAUCCUGUCACAAUCAAUGUGAUAGGACUUUUUUGUAUUCCAUUCAUGAAUAAAGAUGCAUGUUCUCUGGUCUUGA